GGAUAUCUUUAAGAUCCGGGUAUUCCAGUACCGCAACGUCUCUUUGCUUAACCCCAAUUGGUAUUCCGUUUGUUUAUCCCCAGACUCAAACCAACCUCUCAGAAGUGCUGCUCUCUCUCUGUCUACAUACCUAAUCAACCCGUGCUUUGAAAAGCCCAGACACUCAGACCCCUUCUGAUCCUCUAUUGCCACGUCCGUGCCCCCUGUCAUCCAUUAUUGUCCGUCGGAUCCACUGUGGCAGUUGACGCCAGAGGAAGCUAUCUCGAGUUAGCGAACUAGACUUGUUCAUGGUGGGAGUGUUCCAAUCCACUUCCAUCACCCUUUACUCUUUUCGCCCCGAGGUCCCUUUGUGCACCUGCUGAAACUCUAUUUUCUGAAUAUUCAACAUUCGCCUCUCCAGUGAUCAUUUAGUUGGUAUUAGCCAGCAGUCACUGGACAAGCUCUGCACAUCUCUCAUAUAGAAUCUUGUUAUCUUGAACCAAAAUCAUUUUCGUUGUGGAGCUCGCUGCUCUUGCGUCAUCGUCUUCAUGGAGCAUACUUUUUUGACUAUACAUAAUUUACAUCCGGAUGCCAACAUCCUUUACGCCUCUGAUUCCAUCUUUGAAAUUCUUGGUUACUCUCCACAGGAGGUACAUGGCCGGUCUGCCUUUGAAUACUUUCACCCAGAGGAAAUUCCCUAUGCGCGAUCCGUCCAUAGUCGCGGCGUCUUGCUGGACAAGGCUGCCGUUCUGCACUAUGCACGUCUUCGCUCUCGUGACGGUCGCUGGGUGAGCAGCGAAUGCGUCUUUUCUAUUGUUCACGACAUUCUUUUUGCCUGUAUUAGUAUCUACCGAUGCGAUGCCAAGAGCGAGAGACGUGCCUUGGCUGCACCCCAAGUCCGAAGACUCUUCUCACGUUCUCCUCGAGACCCACGAUACCACAUGUUGGAACAUUUGUCUCCUAAGUUCAGGUUGCCACCUGUAGAGCGCGAGCCUCGAGCCGCACUCAUCUUGAACCGAUUCACCAGAACAUUGACGGUCAUGUUUGCAACAGAUGCUAUUGCGUCUAUUCUCGGGAUUCCUGCCAGUCAAGUACAGCACAAGAGCUUCUAUGAGUGCAUUCGAGAAAGCUGCCUCGAUGACGCUGUCAGAUGUCUCGAGAGUGCAAAGGCGAAUGACUCCAUUGCUUACUUGCGUUUCUGGUCCAGAGAUCCACGACGACCAGAAGACUUCGAAGACGAAGAAAGUGUCGCCGACGGAGAGUUGACAAUCGAUGCAGAGAAUGGCGACGUGGCUGUCGGGAGUGAGGAACCGUCCCAUUACUUCAGCAACAACCACACCAGCAGCCCAAGCCCCGACCAGACCAGAUCUGGUGAAGGCUUGAUGGCCCCCAGCCGUCAACGACGCGCUGACAGCCGCCGAUCUAGUGAUUCCGAGGGAGGUGGUGUCAAGCUGGAUGGUGCUAUGGACCUUGACUCACGUUCCAACUCGACUUCCAACCGAUGUUCUGGCUCUUCCAUGAAGGCAGAGCCGGAUGUGGAAAUGCAGGAUGGCGUUUUCUCUGCAGGGGAAACAUCGGGAGAAUCGCGCACUACAAGCUCCAAUGCCUUGGGGUCUACUUCCCGUAACUCACAGGCUGGAGGAUAUCAAACUCCUCCUACUCCCCCAUCUCCACAGCCAGUUGGUGGUAACACCCCACGAGCGAGCAGGGAACGCAGUCGUCCAGCGCCACAGCUGGCACCUUCUGUUGAAUUGGAGGCCGUUGUGUCUUGCACUUCUGACGGCCUUGUCGUUAUCCUUCGUCGAGCACGACCCCAGAUUCCCGAUGCCCACAAUCCUCAAGUCCCUUCUAUCAACGAUCGUGGCGUUUUCGCUGCCCCCUGGGCGCAACAACCCUUCCAUGCACAGUAUUCGCAUGAGACCUUCCACAAUUUCCAGGCCCCAUUGGCUCCGCAGCAUAUGCCGCUGCGCAGCGGAAUUCAGGCUACUGGAGGCCCUCCCAUGGACCAGCUCAUGCAGUCCAUUAGAGACGUUGCUGUCUUUGCCUGGGCUCUUUGUGGUAUCAAUGGAAACAUAGCUUCAUACAGCCACGGCCAGCCAUCGGGAGAAGCUCAGCCUCCAGACGGUCUUCCCAUUUGGGAUCCCACUGGAGAAGAAAGUUCAUACGAGGGGCCGUAUAACCAAGCUGCUCAGCGGUGGGCCCGAGAGGCUCAACGACAGCAACCAUCGCUGCACCCACAGGAUUCGGUCUCUACCGACUUUUCCAUGGAAGGCACAGCAGAUUACAGCUCGUACGGGACGGGCUACCAGAACCACGCAAGCAAUGGUUAUGGAAAUUCAUGGCUUUCACAGCCAUCCGCCUACGAACAGAACCAGAAUGCGUUUGCGCACAAUGGCCGUCAAGACCAUGGGGGCCAAGCAGGCUACAACAACGAUCCCUCGCACCAGCACCAAGAUGGACAGCAUUGGUCUGGGAACUCUCGGGAGCCUGCUACUUCAGCUGAAGAAUCUCGUGACCAUACCUAUAGAUGGUAUUGAUCUAAUUUGGCAUGGAAGAAGAAUGUGAACAUGAGUUCGAAAAUGAAAGGUUUAUGAGAGGUAGCUGACAUUGCGAUACUGGAGAGAGGUAUCGUCUUAAUUACUUUAGUAUUUAGGUUUUCUUCGGCAAUCAAGUGUUUAAAUCAGUCAUUAAAUUUUACCAAUAUUAGUAAAAGUAAAAUAAAAUGUAUAUCAGGGAGUGA